ACUUGUAAUAAAAGAUGGCUGAAAUCUGAAUCAUUUGCGGUGGUUCGUUUGGUUCAUUUCCGUUUCCCUCUCUCUCACACACCCACACUUCCCAAAACCCCAAAACCCUAACUCUCUCUUUCUCACUCUCUCUCGCUCGCUGCAACCAUGAAUUGCUCCAUCUCCGGUGAAGUUCCGGAAGAGCCCGUCGUAUCCAGGAACUCCGGUCUCCUCUUCGAGAAGCGUUUGAUUGAGCGACACAUUUCGGAUUAUGGGAAGUGUCCAAUUACUGGAGAACCACUUACUAUGGAUGACAUUGUACCAAUCAAGACAGGCAAGAUAGUGAAGCCCAGACCUGUUCAGGCAGCUAGCAUCCCUGGCAUGCUUGGAAUGUUCCAAAAUGAAUGGGAUGGGUUGAUGCUAUCUAAUUUUGCAUUGGAGCAACAAUUGCAUACGGCAAGGCAAGAGCUUAGUCAUGCUCUAUAUCAGCAUGAUGCCGCUUGUCGAGUGAUUGCAAGACUCAAAAAGGAACGAGAUGAAGCUAGGUCUUUACUUGCACAAGCAGAAAGGCAAUUCCCUGUUUCUGCACAGAAUGCCAUAACAGCAAGUGCGCCUGUCCUGAGCAAUGGGAAAAGAGCUGCUGAGGAUGAGGAUCUGGCACCUGGUGCAAAGAAAAUCCAUCCUGGAAUUUCUUCUAGCAUAAUUUCCGAGCUAACUGACUGCAAUGCUGCUCUUUCCCAGCAGAGGAAGAAGCGACAGAUUCCUUCAACUUUGGCUCCUCUUGAAGCAUUAGAGGCAUAUACCCAGAUAUCUAGUCACCCCUUUCACAAAACAAACAAACAAGGCAUUAUAUCUCUUGAUAUCCUUCAUUCAAAGGACUUAAUUGCAACUGGAGGUAUUGAUACAAAUGCUGUUAUUUUUGACCGACCAUCUGGACAAAUAUUAUCUACACUCAGUGGUCACUCUAAAAAGGUGACCAGUGUAAAGUUUGUAGCUCAGGGCGAAUCAUUCUUAACUGGUUCAGCAGACAAGACAGUUCGUCUAUGGCAAGUGUCUGAUGAUGGUAACUACAACUGCAGGCAUGUCUUGAAGGACCAUACCGCUGAGGUGCAAGCUGUCACUGUCCAUGCAACCAAUAAUUACUUUGUGACUGCUUCACUUGAUGGCUCGUGGUGCUUUUAUGAACUUUCUUCAGGGACAUGUCUGACUCAGGUUUUCGACUCAUCAGGUUCUUCUGAAGGCUACACAUCUGCAGCUUUUCAUCCUGAUGGUCUCAUUCUUGGAACUGGCACCACAGAAUCUCUUGUUAAGAUCUGGGAUGUAAAAAGUCAGGCAAAUGUUGCUAGGUUCGAUGGACAUGUUGGGCCAGUAACUGCCAUAUCUUUUUCUGAGAAUGGGUACUUCCUUGCGACUUCUGCCCAUGAUGGCGUUAAGCUUUGGGAUCUACGUAAAUUGAAAAACUUCAGGAAUUUUGCUCCAUACGAUUCGGAAACACCAACAAACUCUGUGGAGUUCGAUCACAGUGGAUCCUACCUUGCAAUUGCUGGCUCUGACAUAAGGGUUUAUCAAGUUGCAAAUGUGAAAUCUGAAUGGAACUGUAUCAAAACAUUCCCUGAUUUAUCCGGAACAGGGAAGGCCACGUGUGUAAAAUUUGGUCCAGAUUCUAAAUACAUAGCAGUUGGUUCAAUGGACCGGAAUCUUCGGAUAUUUGGGUUGCCUGGCGAAGAUGCUCCUACUGAGUCAUAAAAUGCCUCAGUUGUACAGGCCAAAGUGUAGCUCUGGGGUGACAGUUGCUGCCUGCUAUUGGUGGUUGGUCUAUGGAUUGGAAAAGUUAACGAAGGUAGUGGUUUCUUUGAUUAUUCAGUCUUGAUCCUCACAUACCAUGGUGUAUGUGGGAUGGGAGCAAAUGUACUUUCAGGCUUUCUGCAGCAACAUUACUAUGCCUUCAUCAUGGCUGCUAACUUUAAGUGACAGAAGCUGCAAUAUUUGCCUUGUCAAGCUUAAUGUUGUCCCUAGAUAAUUUUGUAACGUCAUUGUCUAAUUAGUGAGAUUACUCAUUUCUCGGCCAUUACUUACUAUCGCAAAUUUAUAUGAUUGUAACUAUUCUUAUUCCGGGUGUUUACUGUUUAGUUGAUUUAUUAGACAUUAUUAAAAAAAAAAAAGGUAUUAGACAUCAACUAUUAAA